GCUUUGGAGAGUCCACUUUGAUCGGGGCCACCAUUCCUAUUGAGUUCCUCUCUUCUGCCUCAUACCCUCCUCACUGGAAUCGGAUUUGCAGAAGGGUGCGUGGGAUCAGGGUACCUCCACCCCCACCCCCGAGAAACCGGCCCCUGCAUCGUUGCGGUGGCUGGGAGUCCCAGCUCUUUUACCGCCAAGUUAAUCCUGGGGAGACAGAAGACGCACGAUCUCCUCGCUGCCCUCAGAAGUCUCUUUGCAGCCUUGGUCAGGCCGGUUGAUCUUCAGGACCUGAAGUUGCCCAAGGAGAUCCUGCCUUGCUAGAGGAGGGUGGACAGGGAGGUGGGAGGUGUGUGCCUGUGUCGUCGGCUCUACUGCCUUGAUUAUUGCUGUUCCAUAGUAUUUUGUGCACAUUUUCCCGGGCACUCUGGGCAGCUAGCCCCUACCCGGCACUGGGCCUCAGACACUGAACGGUUCCUUCGAAGCAACAAGCUAAAGAAAAAAUACCCGGCGCCGGCGAGCGAGAAAGCGGCGGGGGAAGAUGCGCGGCGCUGGCUGGCAGAUGCUGUCCCUGUCGCUGGGGUUAGUGCUGGCGAUCCUGAACGAGGUGGAGCCGCAGGCGUGCCCGGCGCAGUGCUCCUGCUCGGGCAGCACGGUGGACUGUCACGGGCUGUCGCUGCGCAGCGUGCCCAGGAAUAUCCCUCGCAACACCGAGAGACUGGAUUUGAAUGGAAAUAACAUCACACGGAUUACAAAGACAGAUUUUGCUGGUCUUAGACACCUAAGAGUUCUUCAGCUUAUGGAGAAUAAGAUUAGCACCAUUGAAAGAGGAGCAUUCCAGGAUCUUAAAGAACUGGAGAGACUGCGUUUAAACAGAAAUCACCUUCAGCUGUUUCCGGAGUUGCUGUUUCUUGGGACUUCGAAGCUAUAUAGGCUGAAAUGCAUUGUGCACACUGGACAAUUAAUUUUCCUGACCUUUUGAGGAGAACAGAAUGUAUGGAACCUGAAUACCCUGAAGGCAAAUGGGAUCUGGAGUGUAUUUCUAAGAGGCAAGCAGCUCUCUGAGUUGGUGUGGUUUUCUUCCCCUUUCUUUAAGGGAAUGAAUUCCACACCUAAUGAAUACUUUCAUGGAAAGUUGUUAAUCAGGUACUCCAAGUGAUCACCCUGGAUUCUUCUUUUAUUACACAGGAACAUGAGGGUAUGAGAAAGCAACAUAGUUACAUUUGAUAAAAGGAAAUACCUUUAUUCCUCUCCCCACCCACCGUGUAAUCCCCUGGAAUUUAGUUGACUGUGGGUAAUUACUGCAGCAAAUAAUGUGUUUGAAAAAGUGAAGCUGUAUGAACAAGAAUAACACUUGUAGCUACAAUAAUUGUGUUAAAAAUUACAAAGUAUAUCAAUCAUCAUAUUUCAGGGCAAGAGUUUUACCUAAGGGGGGGUUGGGCAAGCAUUUUUCCUGAAUUCCUGUCAAUCUCACAAUGAAGCAUACACAGCAGGCAUUAUUACCUGUAUCAUCAACAUUGUAGUUUGUUCUUUUCUGAGUCAUCAGAUAUCACUCUUUUGCCCUCAGAUAAGGUACUAGAUCAAAAUCAGAUGAACAUGAACUAAAUGUGAAAGUGGGGCAAAGUGAAAUUUAAAAGUACCUGAAUUUUAUUCAGAUGGACAAAUGCUAUUCUUCAAUUGCUUUCCAUUUAGAAGCCAUACCCUAAUUUACAGAGAGGAGAGUGGUACAAAACAACAGUCUAGUCCAGAUAUUGCUCCUGGGUUGAAGAACACUAUUCAAAUGUAGGUGAACAUGUUUUGAUAGAGGUUUAGUUAUUUUAAAAUAAAUGUUUUAAAGUCUUCUGUGUGAUAUCCUUUACAUGAUACUUAUUUUAGUUGUAUUUUUAUAAGAUGAUUCAGUUUCAAAUAUUUAAAAGUAUAGUUCUUCUCACUAAUUCUAAGCCUACGUUUUUCUCAUGCCUUGUAUUUAUUGCUAUACUAAUUUUAUAUUGUAUUUUAUUUUAAAGAAGUGAUUCUUGAAAUGUGCUCCCUAGUGAUCCAGGAGAAAAGUAUUCUGUGGUCAAAUGUGUUGGGAAGUAAUGGAAGUCAUAUCCCCUGUGGUGACUGCCAUGUACGAUUGUGUAUUAAUGUGUAAGGCAUACUACAAUAAAGAAAUCUGUUUUAACUUUUUAAAA